UGCUUUUCGUUUCAAAUUCUGAACUUUUCCAAGCUUAAUAACUCAAAUUUAUGAUUCUGAAAAGGUCUAUACCAAAUUCUCAAAAGUGCGAGCAAAAUUUUGUUAAACAAAUUUGUGUAUUGUCCGCCACUUUAUAGAGUAGAAUAUCCACGAAAAUGACCAAGUGUUCCCGGUUGCAACAGGAGAUUCAGCUAUUGCGAAAUGAGUUGGCGAUGGUACGGGGGGAGCGGGAUGAGCUCUGGCGGAAGCAUGAUUCUCACUUCCAGCUGUGCAGCGGUUGUGCGGAUAGCUCGAUCAAAAAUGGGAACAAUCCGAGCAGCAGAAGCGACAGGCCCAUCACUCCCAAUCAAGAUUUAUAUAUUGCAUAUUUGGAGGAACAGAUACAGCGGACGCGAUUCAAGUACAAGAAACAAAUGGGCGAAGUGAAGUGCAGUGCCAGUCUAUUGGAGACGAAGCUACAGAACGUCCGGAUGGAAAUGAACUACAUCAGUGCCAAGGCCCAGAAGGUGGACAAGCUGCAGAGGAGCAUUAGUGAACUUAAGUCGAAGCUCAGUCGUCGGGAUAUGAUCAUAUCUCGCUAUAACGAACAGCAUGCUGCCUUUCUUGAGUUGAUUAACAAUUUGGAUAAAGAACCAAAUGCCCUGCCUGAUGCGCCACAGCAACUUCAAAAGAUUGCUUCAAAGAACGUUGAUGGCUGUGAAGAAAAGAGAAAGGAUUCGGUAAUUCGAUCUAGAUGCAAACCUAACGAAUUAUUGAACUUUUCAUGUUUGAGCACAGCACUAAAAAACAAGCUGGCGCGCAAAUAACUUCAUAUGU